CAAAAAUACACAUUUCCUUUCUAAAAAAGCAAUUUUUUCCAUUAUUGUUCUACAAAUAGCAGAAAAAUGCUUUUAAGUGUAUAUUUUGUCUACAGUGUCAAAUAAAGGGCAAUGUGGAAUUACUCCUGUGGCUGCCACUUAAACACACACAUGCAUCGUACCUCUCUCACUUUUUGGUGUGUCUGCCUGUAUGUUCUCUACACAGCGCUGAAGAAGGGGCGUUUCUGGAUCACCCCUGACCCCUACCAUAAUGACGACAACAUCCAAAUAGGCCGCGAGGUCAAGAUCUCCUGCCAGGUGGAGGCCACGCCCCCUGAGGAACUGACAUUUGGUUGGCUGAAGAACGGCCGCGCCAUGCGUAGCUCUGAGCGAAUGGUAAUCACCCAGACGGACCCUGACAUUUCCCCAGGCACCACCAACCUGGACAUCAUCGACCUGAAGUUCACUGACUUUGGCACCUACACCUGUGUGGCUGCGCUGAAGGGAGGGGGCAUACCUGAGAUCAGCAUAGACGUCAACAUCUCCUCCACUACUGUUCCCCCCAACCUGACAGUGCCACGGGGUAAGAGCCCCCUGGUGGUUCGGGAGGGCGACACGGUGGAGCUCGAGUGUCUGGUUUCAGGGAAGCCCAAGCCCAUUAUCCUGUGGUCUCGGGCCGAUAAAGAGGCGCCCAUGCCAGAUGGGAGCCUGCAGGCUGAGAGCUACGACGGAGUGCUGCGGAUCGUCAACGUGUCCAGAGAGAUGACCGGCUCCUACCGCUGCCAGACCAGCCAGUUCAACGGGUUUAAUGUGAAGCCCAGGGAAGCUGUGGUGGAGCUCAUCGUACAAUACCCUCCGUCGGUGGAGCCUGUGUUGUUAGAGAUGCGUCAGGGCCUGGGCCGGCCAGUGGCAAUGAACUGCCGGGUCCUACGUGCCCACCCUUCCCGCGUGUUGCGCUAUGAGUGGCGGCUGGGGAACCGCCUGCUCCACGCUGGACAUUUCGACCAGAGCGACGAGACAGAGUACACCGUCAAAAGCCUCAACCGCGAGGGCUGGGGGGAGUACACCUGUGAUGUCAACAACGAGGCCGGCGCUGGGCGCUGCACCUUCCUGGUCACAGGGAAGGCGUAUCCCCCAGAGUUCUACUACGACACGUACAGUCCUCUGUGGCAGAACCGACCUACAGUCUACGGCUUCAAACUGCAGUGGACCCAGAUGAAUCCCAACACUGUGGACCGCAUUGUGGCCUACCGCCUUGGCAUACGACAGACGGGGCUCCAGAGGUGGUGGGAGCAGGAGAUCCCCGUGGAUGGGACCAUCACCAAGGGAGAGCUGAACACACACAACCUGACAGAGCUCAUCAAGCCUGCGGCCUACGAGGUGCGCCUCACCCCCAUCACACGCUUUGGAGAGGGGGACUCCACCAUCAGGAUCAUCACCUACAGUGCUCCUGUCAACCCUCACCUGAGAGAGUUCCACUGCAGCUUCGAAGAGGAGCCCAUCUGCAUGUUCACGCAGGACAAGAAUGACGACUUUGAUUGGACGAGACACAGUGCAGCCACCCGUGACACCAAGUACACGCCCAACACUGGGCCUAGCGACGACCGCAGCGGAUCCAAACAGGGUUUCUACAUGUACAUCGAGACGUCCCGGCCUCGGAAGGAGGGUGAGGUGGCGAGGCUGGUCAGUCCCUUCUUCAACGUGGUGCCCAAGAACCCAUAUGGCAUCGCCAACCCCCCAGCAUACUGCUUCAGUUUCUUCUUCCACAUGUACGGAAAACACAUUGGGACCCUAAACGCUUUCCUGAGACAGAAGGGUCAGACAGCGGCCGAGGGGCCCGCGUGGUCGCUGAGUGGUAACCAAGGCGACCGCUGGAAACAGGCCAAAGUCAGCAUCCACCCAACCACGUCUUUCCAGGUGGUGCUGGAGGGUAUCCGAGGUCCGGGCAUCGAGGGGGACAUCGCAAUCGAUGACGUCACCCUUGAGGAGGGAGAGUGUCGAGAUCUACCCCCCAUUAAUCUCAGAUCCUCAGCCCCGCCCACGUCCGCCCAUAUAUGGCAGCUGAGUGUCACCUUGGCGAUGACCUUCCUGUGGGGUCGAAGGUGACCCUGCCCUGCGUCGUCUGGCGGAGGCGAACGGGUCCGACCUGGCCUCGGCACCGACCUCGACCCUGGCGUCUGUGUUCUUGUACCCUCAGCAUCCAAUCACCAAAGAUUCAAGCAAGGCGGCAACGAGGUGUUCCAAACACAGACCACCACGAGGGCCCAAAAAAUACCACAUAAAUAGUAAUAAAAGAAGAUUCAAUUUUUUUUUUUAAGAGACAACUUUUCCAGAAAAUUGCUCCCCCAUCGCAGGAUUGUGAGCACUUUUACGAGCGCAAAGCAAAGCCAGGUGUUGUGACGCCUGGACUUUAGUGGGAGUGUUCACUAUCGCAUUGGGAUAACUAUUUGUAAAGCACAAGGACAAUUUUGCCAGUCAAUUAGGAAAGUUAAAUAGAAAGGUGUGGAGGAAUUGAGAAAUUAGUGACUUUUUGAAGAACAAAAUUAUGUUUUCUGGGCUUAACAAAACACAUGGAAUCAAAGCUUUUCUGUGUUUUAUCUUAUCCUCAUUGAGUUGUACCUGCUGCGCAUCAUGGACACUUUUCUCUCUGCCCAGUCACCCUCACCUGACCUCCACACCUUGACAUGUCUCUCUCUCGGCUUGGUGCUGUACUGUAGAAAACAGAAACUCGGACAAUGUUUAUUUAUCCAUCCCAGUUCCCUCUCCCCUCUUGCCCAGUAGCUGCCUAAGUAUUUCACAACACUGUGCUCACUAGUCCAAGGUAUCUGAGACCAGGAAGGCAUGUCCAAGGUAUGUGGGGCAGAGAGGAGGAGAUGGGUAAUUGAGAGAGUUGAAGAAGGGUAGGUAAGACUAACUGACGUCCAAGGCAAUGUGGAAGGCAGUGGCAUAGUGGGUGAGAAAAGUAGAGGAUAGAGACCAGAUGGGGAGGAGUGGAGAGGAGGAGUAGAGGAUGGAGACCAGAGGGGAAGGAGUGGAGAGGAGGAGUAUGGAGACCAGAGGGGAAGGGGUGAAGAGGAGGAAUAUGGAGACCAGAUGGGAAGGAAGGAGAGGAGGAGUAUGGAGACCAGAGGGGAAGCAGUGGAGAGGAGGAGUAUGGAGACCAGAGGGGAAGGAGUGGAGAGGAGGAGUAGAAGAUGGAGACCAGAGGGGGAGGAGUGUUGAGGAGGAGUAUGGAGACCAGAGGGGAAGGAGUGGAGAGGAGGA